AUGGCUGACAGAUACUCUUUUUCCUUAACCACAUUUUCUCCAAGUGGUAAACUAGUUCAAAUUGAACAUGCUUUAAGUGCCGUUAAACAAGGUGUGACAUCUCUAGGUAUAAAAGCUACCAAUGGUGUUGUGCUCGCUACUGAAAAGAAAUCAUCAUCUUCAUUAGUCAAUUCAGAUACAUUAUCCAAGAUAUCAUUGAUAACUCCUAAUAUUGGUGCAGUUUAUUCCGGUAUGGGUCCAGAUUUUAGAGUUUUAGUUGAUAAAUCAAGAAAAAUAUCACAUACAAACUAUAAAAGAGUGUAUAACGAAUAUCCUCCAACAAAGAUUUUGGUGAGUGAAGUGGCUAAGAUAAUGCAAGAAAGUACACAAUCCGGUGGUGUUAGACCAUAUGGUGUGUCUUUGUUGAUUGCAGGUUAUGAUGAUCAUAAUAAAUUUGGAUUAUAUCAAGUUGAUCCCUCUGGGUCUUAUUUUCCUUGGAAGGCAACUGCAAUUGGGAAAGGUGCUGUUGCUGCGAAAACAUUUUUGGAAAAAAGAUGGAAUGACGAAUUAGAGCUAGAAGAUGCUAUCCAUAUUGCUUUAUUAACUUUAAAAGAAUCAAUUGAAGGUGAUAUGAAUGGUGAUACAGUGGAGAUUGCCAUUGUUGGUGAACCAAAUGAUGAUUUGUUAGGUUUCCAAGGUGCAGAAAAUCAAGUUGGUCCAAGAUUCAAAAAAUUAUCACCACAAGAGAUCAAUGAUAGAUUAGAAAGUUUAUAA